UUUUAAAAUGAUAAAUUUUACAUUUCACUUUUACUUUUAAUUGGAAAAAUAAAUUUUACGGUAAACGAAACGUCACAGCCCUUUGUCAACGUUCAUGUUGCUUUGAAUUUGAAAAAUGUUUUGAAAAUUGAAAUUUCGUAAACUGUGUUCUAAAAGAAAACUUGCUCGUUUAUUGGAACAUAAUAUUGCCUAUACGUUUAAAGUGUUUAGGUACUAAUAUAUUUCGAAAAAUGGAAAAUUCAUUCUUCGAAUAUCGAGACCAAACUAAUGGAGAUGGAGAAUCAAGCUGUGAAAUCGACGACAGUAUUAUGGAAGAAUCUUUUGCUCCAAAGAAAACACCUGCGAAGAAAAAUGUUACUGUAUUUGUACCUGAAUCAGAUGAUUCCGUUUCUGAGGGAGAAUCAGAUGACGUCUCGGGUUACACCAAGAAAUCAUUAAAAAACACAAGUAAGAUCCAUAUCACCUGUAGCAGUGAUGAAGAUUUAAAGAAAAAACCAAGUGUUGCAUCAUCAUUUGCCUCACCAAAGAAAGUUAUUUUAAGUUCAUCUGAGGAUGAAGAUUCUCUUCCGAAAGUCAAUGUAUCAACAAGGUUAUCAGUUAUGUCUAAUGACUCAUUAAUUAUACGUAAAAACAAAAAACGCAUUAUGUUAUUGGACUCCGAUACAGACAAUUCACUCAUAAUAUCAAACAAUAGGCAAAAGAAAAAAUGCCUAAAAAAUACACCGGCCAAAAUUAGUUUAUCACCGGAUAAUAAAUCCCUUAAAUAUGACACCAGUAACAUGAGUUACGAGAGUAUUAAUAGCCUUGAAAGUGGUGAUGAUACUGAUGAAGAUGAAGAAGAUGAUGAUGAUUAUGACGAUAGUGAUGACGAAGCCAAAAUUAAUAACAGUAAAGUUGAUAAAAAUUGCAAUAAAGCUAAGAAUGACAGCCAAGACCAUGACAUAGGUCAAAAUGAUAGUAUAGCAAAUGAAAGUACUGACGUAAUAGAUACACGAAAACGUGAAAGUUUACAUAGUACAGACAAUGACUCAGAUGCAACUGUUGAUUAUGAUAAAGAUGAUAAUACAAAUAAUAAAAGUAGUGACAUUGUGGAGAAUAAACACGAAAGUGGACGUAAAAGCAGUGUAAAUAAUACAGACACUGAUGGGACAGUAGAUGAUGUUAAUGUCAAAAAUAACAGUAAAAAUGAAGCUGAUGAUAAUACGAAACAUAAAGAUGUCCGUAAAAUCAGUGUUAAUAGUAAAGACAAUGACACAGAUGGAACAGAAGAUUACGAUUACAGUAAAGGUGAUGAAAGUAAAGAUAAAAGUAAUAAGAGUGAAGAUGAUGAGAAUGAUGAUCAAAUGUUCAUGUCGCGAGCUACGCGUAUGAGCAUCAUGGGCAUCGUGCCCAAGGACAAUGAAAGUGACGAAUCAGAUUAUAUACAAUCGGAUAACUCACGACCCAGUUCGUCCGCAAGUAUGGAUGACUUACCGGACGCCGGUAUAAACGUUACCAAAACACAAUCGAAUCAAUCAAACGUAGAAGAUUCUAGAAUUUCGUGUUCACCCUUCUCGAGCCCCUUACGUGACGUAACCAAUACGGAGUCGCCGAAAAAUGACUCUUAUACUAGUAGUAAUAGUGCGCAAAAUGACGUGGUUGAUCUAACCCAAAUGAUUGAGCCUGGCUUGAAGAGCACAAUUAAGAAGACAUUGAAUGCACACGCUAAGGAGAAUGUGAUAGAUGAUGACGUCACGAUUAUCGACACGAAGCCCGAAGUGAUAGCCCUGAGCAGCGACAGUGAAGAUGAUGAUUUGAAGAUACAAAAAUCCCCCACCAUCAAGAAAUCUCCAAAAAGGGAGAAAGAAGAGGCCACGAAGAAACUGGGCAGCGACAUUAAGCAGUACCUCGUGCCGCCGAGCUAUCCCAACCAAGUGGUAUAUGUGAAGAAACAUGUGAGAGAAAAUGAGUUAAAUAAGUUGAACGGGCUGAAAGAAGACCUGCAGGGCGUCAAGUUGCUCCUCGAUACCAUGGAUCUGAACACGCUGCCCGAUAGCGGAGUGAAGCUGAUCGAACGACUCACAUUCCUGGAGGCGGAGAUUCGGAGCCAGGGGGAUAAAGUGGCCAACAUGGUGGUCGUACCCGAUAAUCCAACACCAGCGGACAUAGCUAAAGAUGGCUUUGAGAACAAUGAGAAGGGUCUCUCUUGGGAUGAACUCCAGAAAGUCAGCAAUGCUGUGCAGCCCAGAAUGUUUGGCAAACAGGCGAUGGCUACCCACAUGGCGGAGCGCAACAUGAUUAUGGACCGGUUGCGCGACCUGUACGAGUCACUCGCGUCCCGACCGUCGGAGGAGACGCACGCGCCGCAGCCGCGCGCGGUGCGCACGCCGCUCAUGCCGCACCAGCUGCACGCGCUCGCCUGGCUGCGCUGGCGCGAGACGCAGCGGCCCAGCGGGGGCAUCCUGGCGGACGACAUGGGUUUGGGAAAGACAAUCACGAUGAUAUCCCUAAUGGCCUGCGACAAAGAAAAGAACUUGGACGAUGAUGAAAGCGAUGAAGAGGACAGAGGAAAGACAAGGGCAAUCCGCGGCGGCACCCUGGUAGUAUGUCCCGCGUCGCUAAUGUCGCAGUGGGCGGGCGAAGUCAACAAGCACUGCGCCCCGCACGCGCUGACCGUCAGCCAGCACCACGGCGCGAACCGCACUGCGCAGGCGCACCGCCUCGCGCAGCACGACCUCGUGCUCACCACCUACAACAUCCUGCAGCGGGAGAGCGAGAAGAACGGCGUGCUAACCCGCGUGGUAUGGCGGCGCGUGAUCCUGGACGAAGCGCACGCGGUCCGCAACCACAAGGCGGCCACAUCUGUAGCCGUGAGCGCGCUGCGAGCCCGCCGCCGCUGGGCGCUCACGGGCACGCCGCUGCACAACAAGGACCUCGACCUGUUCGCGCUGCUCAAGUUCUUGAAGUGCACGCCGUUCGAUGAGCUCACGAUGUGGAAGAAGUGGAUCGACAACAAGAGCAUGGGCGGGCAGGAGCGGCUGAGCACCAUCAUGCGCUGCGUGAUGCUGCGCCGCACCAAGCAGCAGCUGCAGCAGCGGGGCCAGCUCGCCUGCCUGCCGCAGCGCUCCGUGCACCAGCGGGACGUCACCCUCACACCCCCCGAGCUGAACGUCUACCAGAAGGUGCUGGUCUUCUCGAAGACUCUCUUCGCGCAGUUCCUCCACCAGCGCGCUGAAAAAGUAGAAGGAGCGAUGCUUCAUCCACCCAACAAGAAUACCGAAUACGCCAAGAUGCACAAGAGAAUGAUCGCUUUGCAAGGCGCGAAACCAGUAAAAUCCCACGAGAUCUUGGUGCUGCUGCUGCGAUUGCGUCAGGUUUGCUGCCACUGCGGGCUGAUCGCGGCCAUGUUGGACCAGGACCAGGACCAGGACGUGGACCUGCAGCCGGACCCCGCUGGACAGGACCUGCUGGCUGAACUAAAUAAGCUCUCGUUGGAGGACUCUAGGGAGAGGCGGAAGAGUGGAAAUACAAAUAAGGAGGAAGAGGAGGUGGAAGGUGUACAAGGGGAGGGAACUACAGCGGCAGAGGCAAUACGUUCCGUACUAUCGCCCAAUAACCCGGUGUUUAGCCUUGAAAAGCGAUCCUCUAAGAUACAGGCGGUUAUGGAUUGCUUGCUCAGUGAGAUAUUGCCUAAUAAAGGCGAGAAAGCUGUAGUAGUAUCCCAAUGGACGUCUGUCCUCAAGCUAGUGGAACAGGAGCUGAAGAAGGAGCGCGUGGAAACGGUGACGCUGAGCGGGUCCGUGUCGGUGCCUGCGCGCGCGCCGCUCAUUGAUGCGCUCAACGAUCCUAACGGGAAAGUGAGGGUGAUGCUGCUGUCGCUGUGCGCGGGCGGCGUGGGGCUGAACCUGUGCGGCGCGAGCCACCUGCUGCUGCUCGACCCGCACUGGAACCCGCAGCUCGAGGAGCAGGCGCGCGACCGCGUCUACCGCGUGGGGCAGACCCGCCACGUGCACAUAUACAGAUUCAUGUGUGUGGACACAGUGGAGCAAUCGAUCCGUAAGUUGCAAGAAGCAAAGCUCGAGAUGGCUGAAAACGUGCUGACUGGCGCUCGGCAUGCAGCUUCCAAACUUACGAUUGAAGAUCUCAAGCUGCUGUUCAAUAUGGGACCGCAGAAUUAGAUGAGAACUGCUGUUGGAAAUGAUUCGCCAGGUG